CCCCUAAGCGCGCUGAAUUUCGUCUUCCCUUGCGCCCAAGUUCUUUCACACUUAGUGCUGUUGACCACAUAGGUUCAAAGCACCUUUCCACCCACCCUCCAGCCGCCGGACUCAGAACCAUGCAGAGUCUUCGUUCGACCCAGGUGUUCCGUGGUGGCGCGGCUCCCCGCCCCCAGAUCCGCUCUCGCAAUGUUCGCUUGGUGGUGGUCAACGGCACCGUGUCCACGAACGACUUCAAGAACGGUCUGACCGUGGAGAUCGACUCGGCGCCCUACAAGGUGAUUGAGUUCCUGCACGUCAAGCCCGGCAAGGGCGCCGCCUUCGUGCGCUCCAAGCUCAAGAACUUCCUGACCGGCGGCGUGGUGGAGAAGACCUUCCGCGCGGGCGAGCAGGUGAACACGGCUGACGUUCAGAAGCGCGAGGGGCAGUUCACCUACCUGGAGGGCGAGGAGUACGUGUUCAUGGACACGGAGUCGUACGAGGAGACCCGCCUCAAGAAGGACGACUGGGCGCAGUUCCUCAAGGAGGGCACCACUGUUGAGCUGCUGUUCUACAACGGCAAGGUCAUCUCGGUGGACGUGCCCCAGUUCAUGGAUCUCAAGAUCGUGGCCACCUCGCCCAACGUCAAGGGCAACACUGUGUCCGGCGGCUCCAAGCCCGCCACCGUGGAGACCGGCGCCGUAGUGUCCGUGCCGCUCUUCAUCAACGAGGGCGAGACCAUCAAGGUCGACACCCGCACCGGCCAGUACCUGUCGCGCGUCAACAACUAAGCAGCUAACGGGGGCUGGCUAGGUUGGUCGCUAGGAGUGCUUGUAGGCUGGAGGUGGGGGGCUUGGAAGGACGUAGGGUGCAGUUUGUGAUGGGAGCGUAACUGGCGCGCAGGAAGUGUGCGUCGUGUGGUCCCUGUGGCGGCGGCGCUUGGGGACGGUUGCGCGUAGCGUGUGCGCGGGCCCGAGCGUGCGCGGGCUGGUGGGUAAUAAAGCAAGGAUCCGGAGCUUGUGGUCUUGGCGAGAAAGGAUACUUGGGACUGACUGAAUUUGACUUUGGCGAGCAUGCUGCCGACAGGACUGACUAAGAUUACAAUGAUGGUUGUGAAGAUUACUCGGACUUGGGGAAGUCGGAACCUCCGGCGUCGGGGCUCUGUGCUAACGCUCGAUGGCUGCAUGGGCGGAGCUUGAAGCGUGGUGCAGCCCGGUGUGACAUUCGGUCAGUCGCUGACUUAUGUACGGCUGGAGGACGUAGGAGGCAUGGGUGGGAUGGGACGAACACGGCGCGUGUGUGCGUGUGUCGGCGCGCGGGGUGCCGGGGGACACCCGCAGGCCAUGCAGUUGUAAAUGCGAUACCAUGCGCAAUUGUGUUGGUCUGUUGGAUGCCGUUUGAGCACUGGCAUUUGAUGCCGGUACCUUGUUUGUCACCGGGUUUCGGAAACCUGGCGAGAAACCUCAGCA